CCUUUGGAUAUAUCACCCCAUAUAGCAUUUUAGGAACUCUCCAGGAAUUCAAGAAAGAAGCUAUAAAAAAGGGUCACUCUCAGAUAGUGCGAAUGAUUCCUGAGGAAUCACAGCUUUCUUGUGCAAUGUCAGUUUUUGGAACUUACAGAAAGAAACCUGAGGAAGAAAAGAAAGUAGCCCAGGUCUCUCCGUCUCAACACCGGGCCCUUCAGAACUGGCAGCGGAACAUGGCACUCAGGAGAAAGCAACAAAAAAGGCUGUGCGAAGCUCUUCAGAAACCAGAAAGUCAGUUGCUGAUGAACUUUUCAGAACAUUACAGGAGAAUCCAGGAACAGCGAACUUUGAUUGAUCGUAGUAUUCCAGCUAUGUAUUCUGGAAAGGGCUAUUCAGGGAAUGAGUUCUGGAAUCAGCCUGUGCACGUUGGGGAUGAAACCAAGGGUCUAACCACAACAUUGGGUCAGACAGAUCUGGGAUUUCCAGAAGAGGUUACUCAUGUUGGGAAACCACGUAGCAUCUGGAGAGAAAUGGGUACCAGUCCACCAAAAUACCUCCCUUUUCAUCGUCCCUGGGAAAAAAGCCUCUUCCUGCAGCAUCGGAGAAAUGAGUUAAAGGAAGUUUUAGAAACGCUGGAUUUUUAUAGCCCGGAUCUGGAUGGGCUGGAAGUCAUAGGCAGAAACCAACCUUUCACCAAUGUGUCAGCAGACAGUUUUUCAGCUUGUGAUGAUGAUGACAAUAAAGAAUCUGAAGAAACAUCCUCGGACCUAUUGGAUGAGUAUCCAGAUAUAUUUUCAGAACCAAUACUUGGUCCCUCUCUGAAGUUCUGUGGACAACCAGCUCGUUGGAUCAAUACUUCUCAUGCGGGUGAAGUUGGCAUUGCAGCCAGGGUCACCUUUGAAAUUCUUGUAGGUGAUAAAGCUGAAUCUCGCCUUACAGUGAGCAAUGAUGGCACAACAGCCAUCUGGUAUGACUGGCGGAGGCUCCCUCCACCUUUUACUUUUCAGGAGAAAAAAAAAAGAGGAAUACAGAAUUUUUACUUUAAUACUAGAUCAGGGGUUAUCCUACCUGGAGAAACCAUACAUUUUUCCUUCAUCUUUAAAUCAUUGAGUGCAGGCAUUUUCAAUGAGUCCUGGGAAUUUAGUACUCAUCCUGAGUUAUUAGGAGGAGCUAUGCUACAAGUGACUCUUUGGGGAAUUGCACUCUAUGAAGAUACUACAGUUAAACUCAGGGAGGAUCUGGAGAAAGAGUUAGAGGCUCGAGAAAUUGCUGUUAUAAUAGAAGAAAAUCUAGAAGAGUUACUUAAUCGGAUUCGAACACCCACACGAGUAAGAUCCCCAGUUGAUGCCUACGUCACUGAAGAAGAAUUAUUUCACAGAAAGAAUCCAGAGCUGCAUUACAAUCACCAAGUUGUAAAGGAGCUUCAUGAAUUGUGGAACAGAGUUAUGAAUCCUCAACCUGUAGAAGUGUAUGUAGAAGAAGAACGGAGAAAAAGCAUGGCCAGUGAGUCUUCUCCAUCCAAGAGUACUGCAGACUCUCAGAAGAGUCCUGAGGAUAUCCGUAAGAGUCUUUCCUCGCCUACUUCCAUAGUAAAGACGCUUGGGUUGGAAGAACUGGUAGAUGAAACUAGUAAAACUGAAAUAGAAGAAGUGGCCCAAGUAGAGGAAGCACCCCGUGUGGAAUGGAACCUUUCUGUUGCGGAUUUUAGGCAGACGUUGCUGACAGUCCCUGAAGAAGAAGAACGGGAAGUUGCCCUAGCUCAGCUCAAUAAAGCAGCAUUGGAACUUUGUAUUACUCCCCUGACAACUAAGGAAGAUCUCUUCUACCAGAUAUGUUUCCAGUUGUGGAGGGAAGUAAUUGAUGGGCUGGUGAACUGCUCGUUAGUGCUCAGAAAUCUGCUUGGUAUGCCUGAGAAAGAUACUUACGUUGAAACUGCUCCAGAAGAACUAGCUGAUGUAAAAUCAGCUGCUGCAAAGGCUGUCAAAGAAGAUCGGAAAGUGCAGAAAGAAGAUAAGAAAACUGCUUCGAAGGAAAAGGAAAAAGGAAAGGCAACCAAAGAGCAAGAACGCACAAAUAGCCGAAAAGGCAAAGGAAAGGAAGAGAAGAAAAUAAGGGCACUCACAAAGGAAGCAAAGGAUGCUAUAUCUUUUUCAAUUGAAUCUUCGGAAGCAGAACUACAGUUACGCCGAGAACAAGUCGAUCCAAUUGUGCAGGAAAAAUACCGUGAAAAACUCUAUGUUGAA